AUGGCGUUCCUUCAGAGUGCAAUGCGUGAAGAAGCUAGUUGGCCGGAGAGUCUUGGUUUUGAUCUCCAGGACUUCCCCUCCUCUGAGGAAUCUGAAGAACCUGAACAAAGCCCCUUAGACUAUGUUCUCGAUCAAGCCGACCCAUGGAAGUAUUCAGACGACGACCCGAAAGCUUCCCUGACGUUCUGCGAGGAGGCUCUCGACAAGGUCUUCAAGCGUAUCAUGAUCCGUAGGAGCUUUGCAUCCACUAUUGACAGCAAGCGCAUCAGUGACUCGUUGCCCGAGGUACAACAUCUCACAAUCGAGUGCGACUACACCCCGUUGGAGUGA